GGCGCCGUCAAGGAGUUCGUGGCGCGGCCCGGCGCCGCGCGCCGCCCCGGCGCCCGCCCGCCCGCCGCCGACGCCGCCGAGUACGGGUUCCGCAAGGAGCGCGCCGCGCUCGAGCAGCUCCGCGGCCACCGCAACAUCGUGACGCUCUACGGCGUCUUCACCAACCACUACUCGGCCAACGGCCCGUCCCGCUGCCUGCUGCUGGAGCUGCUGGACGUCAGCGUGUCCGAGCUGCUGCUGCACUCCAGCAGCCAGGGCUGCUCCAUGUGGAUGAUCCAGCACUGCGCCCGCGACGUCCUCGAAGCGCUGGCCUUCCUGCACCACAAGGGCUACGUGCACGCCGACCUCAAGCCGCGCAACAUCCUGUGGAGCGCCGACGAGGAGUGUUUUAAGCUCAUUGACUUCGGGCUUAGCUUCAAGGAGGGGAAUCAGGAUGUGAAGUAUAUUCAGACAGACGGGUAUCGGGCUCCRGAGGCAGAACUGCAGAACUGCCUGGCACAGGCAGGGCUCCCGAGUGAAACGGAGUGCACCUCUGCUGUGGAUCUGUGGAGUCUGGGCAUCGUCUUACUGGAAAUGUUCUCAGGAAUGAAACUGAAACACACAGUCCAAUCUCAGGAAUGGAAGACAAACAGUUCKGCCAUCAUAGAUCGCAUUUUUGCCAGUGAAGGGGUGGUUAAUUCAGCCAUUCCAGCUUAUCACCUCAGAGACCUUAUCAAAAGCAUGCUUCAUUGUGACCAAGGACAGCGAGCCUCUGCCGAGACAGCUCUGUGCAGCCCCUUCUUCAGCAUCCCCUUYGCUCCCCAUAUCGAGGAUCUGGUGAUGCUCCCGACCCCUGUGCUGAGGCUGCUGAAUAUUCUAAGUGAUGCUUCUCUACAGAGUGAAGAAGAAUACGAAGAUAUCCUGGAAGACAUAAGGGAGGAGUGUCAGAAAUAUGGUCCGGUGGUUUCCUUGCUUAUUCCAAAGGAGAAUCCUGGUAAAGGCCAAGUCUUUGUUGAAUAUGCAAACGCUGGCGAUUCCAAAGCUGCCCAGAAAAUGCUGACCGGCAAGAUUUUUGAUGGCAAGUUUGUUGUGGCUACGUUUUACCCGCUGAGUGCCUAUAAGAGAGGAUAUCUGUACCAAAACUUGCUGUAGGCAGUAGCAACAAUCAGGAGAGUUGUUUCGCUCCUCUUCCUCACGUCGUGUUUUACAGUUGAAUGUACGAAGAGCUUCCUAGCCCAGCUUUUAAGUCAUCUGUAAAGGAGGGAUGCAAAGGACUGAAACGGGCUUUGAAACCUUUGCUGCUGCUUUGUGAUGUGCAGAGGAGGCCUGGAUGGCUUUAGGCGUGUGCUUGUGUGUGUGCUGUGCUUGCUCGUUUACAUGAUGUGUGUGGCUUUGCCUGCCCUUGGCAGGCACUCAGGUGACCAGAGUCGUGACUACGGGGGCCUUGGGGGCAGAGCAGACCUUGACGGACACUUUUAAACAUUGAAUUGAGGCAGUUCCACAAUUUGGCCCUAGAAAUUGCUUUUUUUCCCCUCUUUGGGCAGGAGGUAUCUUUGUGUAAACUAUUCCACCUGCCCAGCAGGACUGCUGUCCUCCAGUGGGGAGGUGCAGAGAACCCUUGCUGGCUUUUGGGGCUCUCUGUGGUACAUGAAGCAGCAGCCUCCCCUCUGAGSCGCAUCAGGAGGCGCUCGAGCCUUCACGUGGCCAGGAGCAGCCGUGACCCGAGGUCGGCUGGGCCUGCGGAGACGCUCUCACCCACCCGUGACCCGAGAGGAGCCACACGUCACUCCUGGCAUAGGCGGCCCGUGGGCUCGUGGUGUGGGUGAGGGCACCUGCAACGAGCUGAGCUCGUGUGGGAGAGGAGCUGUCUUCAGAGCAGGGCCAGCCUCGGCCCCAAGAGCAGCGGUAGCGCUUGGUAGCCUCAAGGGAUGUGAAAGCUCUUGCCACGCGGAAUCAUCUUSGCAGCUCGUACCCUGCGCUGGCACUGAUGCUCGCACCUCUGAUGCCAAAUCAUCCRUAGUAUGGAAGUGUCUUUGGGUGGUGUGUCUCCAGCAGGACUGCCGCAAGUCUCCUGCGGGAGARCAAGCCUUUGUGUGCUGUGGGUUCCACGCUUGGCUUUUCCGUGUUGUGCGUUUUGGUUUCGCGUUAACCCGUUGAAAUUGUUGUAGCUGAGAAGCACUGACACUUUUGGUCCCUGGUGCGUUACACAGAGGGCCUGGGGCAACCCGAGAGCCAGGGCUCGGUCCCGAGCGUCGCCUCCCGGACAGGGACGACGGCCACGGGGUUUUGGGGCUGCAAACUGAGCGCUGUGUCGUGCCCUGCUCCCAGGGCUUUUCCGCAGGGACAGAGGGUCGCUCCCGAGCCGGAGAGCAGGAGGCUGUGCCCGUGUUGGUGACAGACAGAGCCCUCCAAGCUGCAUGAAUUCCUAUCCCCAGCUGAAAUUCCUGGGCCAACAGUGGAGUCCCCUUGGAGUCAGCACCCUGCACCUGCUGGUGCUGGGCUGGCUGGGAUCCUGUGGGAAAUCCCGCYUGGAUUUCGCCCUGUGCACACAGUGCUUUGGGAGAGCUGCUCUCUGUAACACGACACGAGUCUGCGCYCUUUGCUGGCGUGAAGUCCUGUUUGCUCCAGCCCUUCCCGAACCUCCCCAGGACGGACCAAUGAUUUUAUUUUAUUCCUUUUUUUCUUUCUGUAGCUGUGAGGUGGUAGACUUUCCGGGGAAAAACCCCAAAAUGAGCUUUUAAGAUGUGUGAUUUGCUGAUGAGGCUCUUUCCAGAGUGCGGGUACUUGGGUGUGCGCUGCUCUA